GCUGCCGAAGCGGGGCACAAGAACUCCACCACUCGGCCACGGGGCUGGCCCCUAUGCAGCCAUUUCUAACAAUAAACAUGUCAGCUUUAUAGAAACACGGGACUGUCUUUAUAAACUAAUGCUAAGUAAAGAAAAGUCGAAUGGAAUAUUGCAUUUACAUGGUGAUUAUGGCUAUUAUAUAUCUGCUAUAAUUAGAGUCAGUGAGAAAGAAAGUGAAGAUGAGAGAGAAGGAGGGAGAAAAUAGCGGAAGAGAACUGAAAAAAUAUAAACAGUUACAGUGUUAGGGUAAUGGGAUUAUGGAGGAUUUUUGGAAAUAUCCUCAAACAAUGCUGACAGUUGUUUUGGUAGUAAAUAUGAACUAUACACAGGGGCUCUGCGACUUUGGGCAAGUUACUUAAAUUCUCUGAAACUUCGUCUCCUUCUUGGCAAAAUGGGGACAAUAAUGGUACCCACUUUAUGGAGCUGUUUUAAAGAUUAAAUGAGAUAAUCCAUGUAAAAUACUCAGUAUUGUACCCAGUGCAUAAUAAACACUCAAUAAACAUUAGCUAUUAUUGUCGUUAUUUCAUCAAUGUUGUCAAUGAGGGGAAAUUCUCAUAUGCUCCAGGUGGGAGCAUAAACUGCUCAAGCCUUUCAGAAAGGCAGGAGAGUAACAGAUACAAACAUUUGAGGUACAAAAACCCUUUGUUCCAGGAAUUUCAUGUCUAGGAACUCAUCCUUAGCAAACAAUCUUAAUAAACAAUUUGACAUGUACACCAAGAGGUGUGAAUUAUUUAUAAUAGAAAAAGAUUGUAAAUAACCUAAAGAUCCAGCAAUAGUUAUGUAAAUUAUGAAACAUACAUACAAUAGAAUACUCUGAAGUUAUUAAAAAGGAUAUGAUAUACCUCUAUGUAAUGAUAUAGACACGUACCUAUAUCAUAACAUCAAAAUAGGGUACAGAACAAUAGAAUCUCAUUUACAUAAGACAGUAUAUGUACACACUUAAAAGUUCAGAAGGAUAGAUAUCAAACUGCUAUCAAGGACCCUCUCUGCCAUUGCUGUGAAUCACUAUAUAUAAUUUAUCAUCAGAAAAUCCACGAUGAUAUGUGUAUGUGGUUGUUUCCUUUUUAAUAUGUGUCUUUACGGUUUUUAAAAAAUAGGACCCGCAGCUGGGGUAAGGAAUUCCAAGACUGGAGACUGAAGACUGGCAAAAUGUGGCAAAGUUGGUUUCAUCCGUUCAGAAACUGCUCAGGCCCAGGUCUGGGGGUCAGCGGCUGAAGUGAAUUCUGCUUUGGAUGGAAAUGACAGGGGUUCAUGGAGAGCUGAUUCUGGUAAGGAGACAGACUUGCAGAAUUUCCCUUAAUUAAUAAUAAGAAGGAGAGCCUUGCAGAGUGCCUCAUCCUUUCAUCAUCAGUCUGUUUGCUCCAGAGAGCAGUCCCACAAGACAGGUAGGGCAGGAGUGAUGCUGAGGAGAGGGUCCUGCGUGUGGAUUGGCGCCAGACGACAGAAUAGGGGCUGGAAUCAAGGGUCUGAACUCCCAGCCCUCCCCGCAGUGAAGUUCCAACAAAGUACAAUUCAUUAAGCUCCUAGCCCGUGCCUGGCGCACAGUGGGUCUUCAAUGCAUGCUGGCACCUCCUCCUUUAAGAGGGCACCCUGGGGCCGUGGGCUGCUGCUCCACUCCGCUCGCAUUAUCUGCACCCUCCUUGUGUCUGUUCUCCUUCAAGUGCUCUUUGCUGCAGCCAAACAUUGUUUCCUUCCAUUGUGGCCCUCCCACCUUCAUCACGCUGUUCCCUCAUCUGAGAAUGCUGUCUCCUUACAGGCUCAGCCUCCUCCAACCCUACUGUGUCUCUAAACAUCCAAAUCCUCUUGUUCCCUCAAGACCUGCAUCAAACGCCAUCUCCAUGCAAGGAUGCACCAGCCCCCAGCUGGACACCAUGGCUCUUCCCCAUGCCCCGGGCCGCACAUCUGCCUCUCUCUCAGGACGCAGCACAUCCUGCUUGCAGGAGAGUUCUCGCAGCAGUGUGUUGGUCUCUGGACUCACAGGAAGCUCUUUUGGGAAGGGCGUGUGUCUCACUCAGUGCAUCCGCAGUGCCAGGUGCUCGAUGCACUUUGGUCGAUGAAUGAGGGGCUGAACGAGUCAGUGACGGAUGAGGAGAGCACACAGGGAGGGAUGGGCAGAGGUGGAUGACACCUCAAACCCGGUGGCAGCUCCAGCCCUGGGAGCACGAUGGGCUCACAGCCAGCCCUUCCCCAGGGUGAAUAACCUCAGGGCUCGGUCCUGCCCACAUCAUAAAACGGCAAGUGCUUCCUCUUCAGGGGAGAAGUGGGCUGACCUGGGGGCUGAGCUCGGCAUCCGGAGGCAUUUAUAAGCUGGGGCACUAGAGGGCUCAGCAGCACGAGCUUUCUCCUGCCCCCGCCUGCUCUCUGGCCUCCAGCUCUCCCGGCAGCAUGGCCUUCACCGGCAAGUACGAGAUCGAGAGUGAGAAGAACUACGAUGAGUUCAUGAAGCACAUUGGGAUCCCCAGCGAGACUAUCGAAAAGGGCCGAAACUUCAAGAUCAUCUCGGAGGUGCAGCAGGACGGGCAGAACUUCACCUGGUCCCAGCACUACCCCGGGGGCCACUCCAUCACCAACAAGUUCACCAUCGGCAAGGAGUGUGACAUGGAGACUGUGGGGGGCAAGAAGUUCAAGGCCACCGUGCAGAUGGAGGGUGGGAAGCUGACGGUGGACUCCCCCAACUUUCACUUUUCCUCGGAGAUUGUGGGGGACAAGCUGGUGGAGGUGAGUGUCCUGCUGGCUCCUGGGACGAUGGAUCAGACACUUUUCUGGCCCCAGCCCUGGUCCCUGAGAGGUGGGCCUCUGGGCAGCUGGCUCUGUGAGCACCUCCCAUGCGCCAGGCUCCAUGCUGAGCACUGGGGCAUGUCAUCUCAUUGGCUCUUCACAAUAACCCUGUCAGUUAGGAGUUUUAACCUCCAUUUAACAGGCGAGGAGACCGAGGCACAGGAAGCCUCACUGAUUAGCCAGAGCUUUUACGGACUCUUCCCAGAGUGUAAAUGGAGGGUCCGGGUGGGCCCUGCAAGGGCAGCUGCCACCCCACUCCACUUCUACAAGGGACUGCGGAUUCUUCCUGCUAAAUCUCCUAAUUUUUCAAGAGAAGCUGGAAAUUUGCACUUCUAUGUGAAAUCUCCAGACUAUUAAAUGUCCGCACCUGGGAUCCGAAAAGGCGAACCCCGGGCCGCCGAAGCAGAUUGUGUGCACUUAACCACUGCAACACCGAGCCGGCCCUCUAAACAUUUUUUUAAAAUGCUGGCAAGGCCAACACAUAUACCAGGCCAGAGCCCCCUGGGGUCCAGUCUACUCUCCCUAAGGUUCUGGAGAAGGGAAAUGAGGGAGGCAGGGUUUGCCACCUCCUCAUCUUCUCCUUCUCUUCUCUUGCUCUCUAUCCAUUUCUCUCUUGUUUCCUCCUUUUCCUCAUCUCAAGCCCAGUCUAGAGGAACGGAGCACACGGCCCAACAGGCUCAGUGCACUCCUAUUAUUCCCAUUUUACAGAGAAGCCAUAGAGGCUCAGAGACAGCAAGUAACUUUCCCAUGGUCACACAGCUAGUUCAUGGUGGAGGCAGAUCCCAUCAGUUGAUUUCUAGACUAGGCUCUCUGCCUGUUCUUCCUCCCUUCAUUUUAAUUUUUUUAAAAAUCUAGAAAUAAAUAGAUGUAUGUUUUAAAAAAAUAUACAAAAAGGACAAAAGUGACUAUACUUUUUCCUGAUGGAAAUUGAGCUCUUGGAGAUUCUGACGAAAGUUUUGGACAUGUUUUUACAUGAAGUCAGCAGUGGGUUCUGACUCCCAGAGGCAGGCUCCCCAGCCUGCGAGGUGUGCAGCGAGGACAGGCAGGAGAACCGAAGCAGGUUUGUGCCCGACAAGAGAACUGAUCUUCCCAAAUGGAAUGAACCUGUUUCUUGAUACCUAGAGGGUCCUGAGCAGGGAGCCUGUGUCGUGUGAGCAGUGCCCAGAGUCCAGGGUUGUCACACACACACGUAUGCAUGCACACACCGAUGCAUGCAUGCACAAGGGCAUAGGAAUGCACGCAUACAAAUGCACGUGCACCGUCUGGGUUCCAAAUCUCCCAUCUCUAGAGGCUCAGAGUCAUCCUGGCCACCACCCUCCUUCUGCCAACAGGGAGUACAUUUGGUGGGCGUCCCUCCUCUGGCCUCCAGUUCACCAGCAGCUCCCCUGCCGUGUUUCAGCACCUCUCCUCUGGACUGAGCCCAGCAUCCCUGCUGCUUUCAGCUUCCCCCCACCCCACUCCAACUUCCAUUCAUCCCACAGGCAAAUCACACAUCACCUCACACCACUGCCCUUUGACAAACCCGCUUCCAUAAAACCCCCUCUGCAACCCACCCCCUUCCCGUGAGAAUGCUGCUUUCCUUCGCUGGGUAUCAGGACCAACUGACAACGCCUGUCCAUCUCACGACAGCGUGUCCUGAUAGCCUUGAGCCCAGGGCACUGCACACAGUGGGCCUUCACUGAACAGCAUGCUCUUGCCUGCCUCUCCCACAGAACCUUACACUUCCGGAGGGCAGGGACCAUCUUCCGCUCACCGAGCACAGGUGCCCAUGAAUGCUGUACGGUGGCGUGGUUGAGUGUGGCCUCUCGACCUCAGAAGGGUCACUUGACUUCUCUAGACUUUAGUUUUCUCAUCUGUACAAUGGGUACAACCCUGGAGUGUUGUUGGGAGGGUCAAAUGGGAUAAUUCAAGGGAAGUGCCUGGCAUAGGUGAAGGGAAAUGAACAGGAGCUGGAAGCUUAUCAUGCGAAGAGCCACAUCACCCUCAACAUCUGUUUAGCACUUUUGCCACACUGAGACCGCACAGUGACUCACGUAAUAAAAGGGGAAACUGAGGCCCAGAGAAGUGGUGCAGCUGACUCGCUUCUCCUCAGGGCUGGGACCGGAGGCCACUCUUCCUCCAGCGGUGCCCAUGGUCACCUGGGGCCCCGGUACUGACUUCCUCUGUUCUGGCUGCUUC